AUGUCCGCUGCACAAGCCGGAGAAUCAAGCGAGGCAAGUCGCAAUCAUAGCGGUAAAUCACAAUCACGACGACCGAGCCGACGCAAUACCAUAUCAGAGGGAUUUGGGAGCCAAGCUAGCGAGAACCAGGCGAUCAUUUCGAAGAUCAAUUUGCCGUUCCUCUCAAGCCGCGGGAUAGGUCGACUGAACGUUUCCGAGGCGUCAAUUCCUGCACCCAGAAGCUCUGACAUCUCUGCACAAGGGCAAGUCUUUGUUUCUCACGAGCGUCCCGGUGGACCCGUUGUCGAAGCUUUGCAUGACCACCCGAAGAGGUCGAACGAAGCAGCAACAAAGACACCUGAAGCCUCCGAACCGCCAGCAAACCCACCGAGAGACGAGCACUUCCAGCCUGCCGAUACUCCCUCUGAUCCAGGUGUCGCUCAAGGAACCGCGCCGGAAGAUCCCAAAGCUUCCCUACCAAGCACAACUACCGCAGAUACCACAAGACCAGCGUUGCCCUUAUUCACGCAAUCAGAGAGUGCUGUCGAAGUCACAGGGCAACCAUUCGCCAAACUUGGACCUACUCAGGCGCGUUCGGUCCCUGCAAUCAGGAUUCACAGACCUAGUGGCACGGUCAUGGCUGAGUCAGUAGGAACAACAGCUAUCAACGGCGCCAAGCUGCCGGCCACUCCUAUGCAAUCGGCACUUGAACAAAGUCCACCCAUUGCGGGGACUGCGGCGCUCAACCCUCUUUCGACGACGGUAGCAGCCAUCCCAGCCCCGACUAACCUCCCAGUGGACACCUCCAAUGUCACCAAUGCUGUCAGCGUAGCAACUUCGGCCCUGCCGAGCUUACCUGUGGGUGGCAAUGUUGGCAAAAGGAAGAGGGUGAUCCGGAAGACACGCAGGCUUGUUGUCAGAAGGCGCCUUCUGGCCAUUAUCAUUGGGCGCGACCUUGCUAAUGUUCUCCAUCCACAACUCAACGCAGCCGGAAAUGUUGCUGGCAGUGUGCCCUUGCCGGUCGAUGGACCAAGUGACUUGGUCAGCAGCUAUACGAGCCGAACCGAGCGCAAACGAGACUUCCGCCGUCGAAACCUGGACCAAAAGAUUGCGGCUGCCAGAAUCCAUGCAGAAGCAGAGGAGAUCCACCGGUGUCGGAUGUGCCGAGGGCUGACGAGGACAAUGUAUCUACGACGUUAUCACCGACUUCAGCUCAAAAGAGACAGACCUGACAUGAAUACCGUCGAUCGGCAUGCGACGGCCAUGAGUCGAGUCGCGGUAUUCAAGUGCAAGUGCGACAGGCGACUACUUGGGGUGUCCAAUAAGGUGGCAGUCCGGGAUGCGGCGCCUACGCAGCAUCUGAGAGGUCCGGCCGCCGCUGAUGCUCCUUUGUCUGGAGUUGAGGCGGCGCAGCAGCGUUAG